CUAUGUCGCAGUAGGCUCACAGAUAUUAUUUUGAAAAGUAGGAAGAUCCUCCCAGCAGACUGUAACAUAAUCGCGAGUGUGUACGAGUAAUUUACUUUCCUUCCGGAAUUUGCCUUUACGUGAUCAGGAGGAUGUUGGCGGUUUUUGAAGCAUAACGAUUUUUCGCAAACUUGCUAAGACCUAAAAUGAGGAGUCGCAGCAAUUCUGGAGUUAAACUUGACAACUACGCGCGGAUAGUUCAUCAGACUAUUCUGCGUCACCAAGACCCAGUGACAGGUCUGUUACCAGCAAGUAAAGAGCAGCCUGAUGCUUGGGUGAGGGACAAUGUCUACAGCAUCCUGUCUGUCUGGGCUCUCAGUUUGGCUUACAGGAAGAACGCAGACCGCGAUGAAGACAAGGCUAAAGCCUAUGAGCUUGAGCAGAGUGUGGUGAAGUUAAUGAGGGGAAUUCUUCAGUGCAUCAUGCGACAGCUGGACAAAGUGGAGAAGUUCAAAUACAGUAAGAGCACUUUGGACAGCCUCCACGCCAAGUACAACUCUAAGACCUGUGCCACUGUGGUGGGUGACAAGGAAUGGGGGCAUCUCCAGCUCGACGCUACCUCAGUCUAUCUCCUCUUCCUGGCUCAGAUGACUGCCUCAGGGCUGCACAUUGUGUACACUCAGGAUGAAGUGGAUGUGGUCCAAAAUCUGCUGUUUUAUAUUGAAUCUGCAUACAAAGUGGCUGACUAUGGGAUGUGGGAGAGAGGAGACAAAACCAAUCAGGGGAUCCCCGAGCUUAAUGCCAGCUCAAUCGGGAUGGCUAAAGCAGCGCUCGAAGCCCUAGAUGACUUGAAUCUAUUUGGGGCCAAAGGGGGACCUGACUCUGUGGUUCAUAUCUUAGCAGACGAUAUCCAACACUGCCAGUCCAUUCUGAGCUCCAUCUUGCCCAGAGCUUCAACAUCUAAAGAGGUGGAUGCUGGCCUCCUGUCCAUCAUUUCAUAUCCAGCUUUUGCUGUGGAAGACAUGGAGUUAGUCAAUAUCACUAAGGAGGAAAUUAUCUCCAAGCUUCAGGGAAGAUAUGGCUGUUGUCGUUUCCUUAGAGAUGGUCACAAAACUCCUAAAGAGGACCCCAACAGGCUGUACUAUGAAUCUGCUGAGCUGAAACUUUUUGAAAACAUUGAAUGUGAGUGGCCACUUUUCUGGACCUACCUGAUCUUGGACGGCAUCUUUAUCAACAGUCCAGAGCAGGUUCAGGAGUAUCGGGAAGCUCUGGAAGGUAUCAUGAUCAAACAUAAAGAUGGAAUAUGGCUGCUGCCUGAACUCUAUAGUGUUCCUCCAGAUAAGGUGAAUGAAGAGUAUGUUAAUCCACACACGGUGGAGAGGAUCCCAUUGGGAAAGUGCCCUCUGAAGUGGGGCCAGUCCCUAUAUGUCCUGGGCAAUCUUUUAGCCGAGGGUUUUUUGGCUCCUGGAGAGAUAGACCCUUUAAACCGCAGGUUCUCUACCAUCCCUAAACCAGAUGUUGUUGUACAAGUAUCCAUCCUUGCUGAGAAUGAGGAUAUUAAGGCACUCCUGCAGAAGAAUGGGAUUUAUGUGGAGACAGUGGCAGACAUCCACCCUCUCAGAGUGCAACCAUCUCGAGUUCUCAGCCAUAUUUAUGCUAGACUAGGGCGUAAUGAGAGACUGGGGCUGACCGGCAGACCUUACCGUAGGAUUGGCGUGUUAGGAACCUCCAAGCUUUACAUCAUCCGCAACACCGUCUUUAGCUUCACACCUCAGUUCAUAGAUCAUCAGCAGUUCUAUCUGGCUCUGGACAACAAGAUGAUCGUGGAAAUGUUGCGGACUGACCUGUCCUACCUCUCCUCUCGCUGGAGGAUGACCGGCCGUCCUACUGUCACCUUUCCCAUUUCCCAGACCAUGCUUAACCAUGAACACACAGACUUGGACCCUGCUGUGCUGGCUACACUUAAGAAACUACAGGAUGGGUACUUUGGAGGGGCAAGGAUCCAGACCGGCAAGUUAUCUGAGUUCCUGACCACGUCUUGUUGCGCUCAUCUGAGCUUCCUCGAUAGUGGUAAGACACGCUCCAAUAGGGGCUGUUAUGAAGAUGAUGAUGUUGAGGAUGGCUUCUUUAGAGGUGCUGUGCAUGACCUGAGCUUCAAUGAUGAUACAGAUGAUCUAGCACAAUACCUAGACCAGCUGUUGACUACAGCAGUGCUUCAACAGGGGCUCAGAGUCGAGGCACAGGCAAAAGGACUGAGUCGCUUCAAGGCUGCAGCCACUAAGACGUGUGAGAUGGUGUCUCUCUUGAACAAAGCCAAGGAGCUCCAAAUCCAAAAUGUGAACAUGUAUCUUCCCAAUAAACUUUUCCACUCCCCUCAGCCUGUGUUUAAUCUAAAAGAUUUCCCAGGACAACAUACAAGUCAUAGUCCCGAGGUGCUUGUGUCCUCUGAGUGUAACCUGCCUCGGGACACUCAUGGUGACAUUGACUACAGUGGACUAGUCCAGGUGCUGAAAGAUACCCAGAGCCUUCAUGACCAAGCAGACAUCCUCUACAUCCUUUUCAAAGACAAGGGAAUGGACUGGGACACUCAGCUGCAUGGUAAAGUCAUCACUGUCGAGAGUUUGCUGGUGGAGCUCUAUGAGAAGGCGGGAGAUCUGCGUUGCUGGGAUCUCAUCCGUAUGAUUUCAGGCAUGCUCCGCAAGAAAGUGGAGGAACUGGACUGGGCCUGCUCAGAUUUGCUGGCCCAUCAAAAGCACUUGACAGUGGGUUUACCACCGGAGCCCAGAGAGAAGACCAUUACUGCGCCUUUGCCACCUGACGAACUGGCCUUACUUAUUGAUCAAGCCAGCGAGAACAACAUUACUGUUGCCAUCCUCACACAGGAGAUCAUAGUGUAUCUAGCAAUGAUCAUCAGAACACAGCCCAGUUUGUUCAGUGAGAUGUUUCGGCUGAGGAUUGGCCUCAUCAUUCAAGUUAUGGCAACUGAGCUGGCCCAGUCUCUGAACUGCUCAGGUGAGGAGGCAACUGAGAGUCUGAUGAAACUGAGUCCCUCCGAGUUGAAGAAUCUUCUCCACCACAUUUUGAGUGGCAAAGAAUUUGGUGUUCAAAGAAGUGUUCGUUCAGUUGAGCCGGGCACCAGUCCUGUUAUCUCCAUCCACGAGGUCGGCAAUGUUGGUGCUACCAAGAGUGAGCGUGCAGGCAUCAGCAAACUGAAGAGUGACAUGAAGAUGACAUUUUUUGGUCAGUCCUUCGACGCUGAGGAUGUGGAGUCAGGGAGGUACCGGAUGCCUUCAAUUGAUGAAUUCGACAGCUCAAUCAGUGUUGGUGCGUCUCAGGACAGUCGGCAGGGCCAGUGGCUGCGCAGAAGAAGGCUUGAUGGUGCGCUCAACAGAGUUCCUGUAGGCUUCUAUCAAAAAGUCUGGAAGAUUCUGCAGAAGUGUCACGGCCUGUCAAUAGAAGGCUUUGUUCUCCCAUCUUCUACUACAAGAGAGAUGACCCCGGGUGAGAUAAAGUUUGCAGUACAUGUGGAAAGGGUGCUGAACCGUGUCCCUCAGCCUGAAUAUAGGCAGCUACUGGUCGAAGGCAUCCUAGUGCUUACAAUGCUGGCUGAAGUGGACAUUCAAAGCGUAGGCAGUAUCAUCCACGUAGAGAAGAUUGUUCACAUUACUAGUGACAUGUUCUACAAGGACCAGAAGGAUCUUGGUGCAGAGGACAGUAUUUUAGAGAAGGAUCCCUCUACGGGCAUCUGCCGGCUCCUGUAUGACACUGCACCCAGUGGUCGCUUUGGCACCAUGACUUACCUCACUAAAGCUGUGGCUACCUACGUCCAGGACUUCCUGCCUAGUGGCGCCUGUGCUGUACAGUGAUAUCAUGAAGUUUUUAAAUAGUAUAGUUUUUACUGUACAGGGGAAGAGACCACUAUUUUAGAGCAGUUUUUAGGUGUUCGUGUGAGUUUGAGUGUGAAAGCAAAAUCUGCAACCGUUUUAAACCAGAAUAAAUGAACUUGUUGUUGACCACA